AUUAUUAUUAUUAUUUUUUUAACGUUUAUUUAUUUUUGAGACAGGGAGAGACAGAGCACGAAUGGGGGAGGGGCAGAGAGAGAGGGAGACACAGAAUCGGAAACAGGCUCCAGGCUCCGAGCCAUCAGCCCAGAGCCCGACGCGGGGCUGGAACUCACAGACCGCGAGAUCGUGACCAGAGCUGAAGUCGGACACUUAACCGACUGAGCCACCUACGCGCCCUUUUAGAGUCUGCUUUUAGAAAUGUUAGGAAAAAUAUUUGUAUGAUUAGGGAAGGUUUAUAUCCAUAGCCCUAUCCCUCCAAAAAAAUCCCAUAUAACCAUGUCUGCUGUCACUUGUCUUUUUAAACACUUAAUGAUUCUGUCAGCAAACAUUUGCCAAUAAAGUCAUGGCUUUAUUGCUUAAAGAUGUCUAAUAUAUUAAGUAUGCAAAACUCUUUCACUUGAAAUCCACACAAUCUAUGAAUGAGACCUUUAAAGGAUAUACAGGUGGUAUUUUCUUCACUUCACUAUAAUGUUCAAAAUAAGGUGGUUAAUUUUUACAAAAUUACAAUCAUUAAUACCAAAAUACAGAUCAAUUAAAGAUUCCAAUAGUAAAAAUAUUAAGGCAAACAUUCCCUCCUUCACCUACAGCCAAACUGUGAAAUUAAGGCUUCCGAAAUUAACAGAAUAAAUAAAAGACACUAUUGCUCCACGUAUCACAUAAGGUAAACCUGGCAUUCAUGGAUGCACUGUCAUCCGUUAACUAGAUCUUUAUGAAAUAGCAUAACUUUACAACCACAGGUGGCAUUUCCAAUUACGCUAGUACUUUACAACAUAUACUGUUAGUUUUCAGGAUCAAGAGGAAGUCUCUCAAUCACAGUGCUAUUUCAAGUGGCAACUAUAUUUAUCUUUUUGCAUUUUUUAACGUAAUGGAGAGACUUAGUUACCAGCUCACAAAGGUGAGCUAGGCCACUUGUCACUGAUGAAGAGGGCUCCAAUUGCUGGCUACUCAACAUGUGGUUUUGGCACAGAGCACAUGGCAGGAAUUUAGCAUUUCCAGAUCCAGAACGUAGAGCUGUGGUAGGCACCUCGGAAAUUCUAGAGGAGAAUUUGAAAUCUUUUUAGUAAGUUUUAGGGCCAAGAAGUGAUCCCAACGGUAUUUAAGUAAAGAAAGGAAAAAGAAGAGGAGGAGGCGGAGGAGAAGGAGGAGAGAAAAGAAGGAAAAAUAACUCUGUUUGGAGCUCUUGGGGAUAUUAAAUGAGAGCACAUACAUAAAGUGUCCAACAAGGUUACCAAAAUGCACUAGGUGCUCAAUAAUGUUAGACAAAUUUGAAUAUUGGGAAUUUUAUUGAGCAAAAAUAGGGUUAUUUAAGAUUAAUUAUGUCAGUAGUUUUGUUAGCACCUUUAGCAUCUAGGAACUGGGGAGACAUAGCACCUAAAAGGAAUUCAAUUAUCACCCAAAAUACUGGCCACUGAAAUUCACCAAUAUUGCAAAAUGUAGUGAGAUUUCUUUCUUGGUUAAGCUGUAAUCCCCCAGGUCUGGGUUAUUUAGCUCAGCUGGUGGAUAAACAUCAUGGAUUAUAGCCAUGUACAAGUCAAGCUUUAUAAAGAGAAAGACACUGAGAUGCUAAGAUUAUGCACCAUAUCCCAUAUCCCUAUCACACAAAGAAGUCUGGGUGUCACAAGAGGGAUUGCAUAAAAGGGUGCAGUCAGCUUAAAGCGAACACAUCUUAAUUUCUUGAAAAUGUAAAGCAUACCUAUAAGGUCACAUCAUAUAUAGGAACAAGUUCAAAAACCCGUUUUUUGAGUCCACUAGAGUUCCACGUUAAGAGAAGUAAUUUCCUUGUUAUGACCAAUGUGUUUGCUCUCCAAAUGUUUUUUAAAAAGUUGUACAUAGAACACAACUUCACAAUUGAGGUUUCCAAGAUGAUAAGAAUCUGUUAACUUUACACCUUAAUUAUUUCAGAUUUUUCUACUACAGAGAAAAAUAAAAGGCCACAAAAAGAAAACCCAAAGUAUUCAGGUACUGUAUUCAAAUUUAGAGGACAAAGAUGGGGUCAACAUGAAAAUAAUAAUUAUCUGAUACAUGCAUUAUCUGAACUCACUUUAACCUUAUGGGAAUUUCUUCUAAAUUUGGAAUCUCAAAAAAUAAACAUUUUUAAGUGGAGUCAUCAGUCAUUUCUAAAUGCUUUGCAAUACAUUUUAAAUGAGAGAAAUUAAAUAUUCUGCUGAUUCAAGGCACUAACAUCACAAAUCCAUUCCCACUCGGUUGGCCAAAGUAUGUCAGAAAAAUAACUUUUAGUACAAGAUUCAGUUCAUCAUUCCCUGUAGAACAAAGAAGAAGUUCCUCUGAUAAUUUUUCCGGUAUUCUCUUUCUUCGCAAAAAUAGGAAAAUAUCUCUGUAACUUAUUCUCCUCCAGUAAGAGUCCAUGGGAAUUGUUGCAAGUGGGCGGUACCCUUCUCUGAUCUCGGUGCUACCUCAGCUUUGGGUAACUUUGAUCCCAUUUAUCCACUAAGCUGUGCUCAUUUAAAAAAAGUAGAUCUGUGACAACCACUGCAAUAUAUUAAAAGUGAUUUAUACAGCUGGCAGCACACUGGAAGUUAAGAACUAACAACAUAUCAACUCUAACAAAAACACACAUUUUUCCACUCUGUGACACAGAAAGUGGACAGCAACAUGUGCGAUGCACCAAAGAUCUAACCCCUAAAGAAUCUAAUUAGAAAAUCAAAUAUCUGGAUAGAAUAAGCACAUUUCCUCAAUAAGCAAUUUUAAAGAAAAUCUAAAGCUGUCUUUUCAAGUCUAUUUCCAGUUUUACAGUAACCUUUCUUCAUGGGUAGACCAUAACAGAAUGAGGAUUAUUCUCAGAAAUGUGCUCAGUUAUACUUAAAUUGUAUUUAACCUCUCAGUGAUCUCUGCCUUUAUUGGCACUGUGAAAAAUAAACAGCUGUAUCAUGCCUUUCUGGACAGUCAGGCUUUAUUUACAUAGCUUUGAGACAAGGAGACAAAAGACAUCCCUUAACAAUUGUCUUUUGGCAAUCUCAGUUUUGAGUGGAAUAUAUAAUACAAAUUUUUAUAUAGAAAGCGACUUGCAAAUAUGCAUGUAAAAACAUAUCCAUAGACCAAUAUAAGAUACAGUGGCUAUGAAGUCUCUUGAAGUACAAAUUUAUAAACUGACCACCAGACACAGAACUUGGAUCCGCAACGGAGAAGAAUCAUUAUUAGCCUGAAAAAAAAAAUUAAAAUGCCACUGCCACCAACCUGGAAAAAAAUCACAUAGGAAACAGAAAACAAUAAUCACCGGAAAACCUGUGUCUUGUAAAGAUUUCUUUCCAUCAGAAGAUGCAGAAACAUUUUCCCCCGAGGUGCGAAUGAAAACGUUUCUCAAGCACCCCCAGUUUCUUCCCUGCUUUCUCCCCCAGGCGCCAGUGUAGACGGCCGGUAUGGACUUUUUUCCAGAGAUGAGAAGUCGAAAUUUGCACUUUAUCGGGAGCGGGUGCACUUUUCCCCCCGGCCCCCCUUUCCUCUGCCUCCAAGAUGGUAGGAAAGUUGUCGUUUCGGAGGGCAGAGGAGCGGCUCUCUGGUGUUAUGUCCUCGCAGUGCCUGUAGUGGUGCUGUAGGAGGCUGCUGCCUCUUCUUGUGCAGCCCCGGCAGCCCUGCCUUCUUGGCUGGAGAGUAUAUUCAGGGAUUUCCCCUUAAUAAUCACCGACCCUGGGAGCACUUUUUAGUUUCCAAAAUAAAAAUAUGAUCCUCACCCCUCUUGCUUGACAGGGAAAGGCUCUCGCCGGAGCCCAGGGGGGAGCAGUAGCAGCGGCAGCCGAGCUUCCUAGUCCAUUGCCAGCGCCUCUCACUCUGAUCUGUCAGCCCGGCCGAGGGAAAAGGGGGGAAGGAGAAAAAAAAAAAGCAGCUGAAAGGUAAGCAGAGGCGGCCCCAGGCCCGGCCCACAUCCCCGGGCUCCCGUAGGGCGGCGGGCAGGGCCGCGCAGGCAGGGCGGGCGGCGAGCGCGCUUACGUGAGGCCGGGGAUCCGCCGGCCCGCGUCAGGCCCCGGGCAGAGAAUGAAAGGACAAUCUGCUUCAUCUUGAUUCUGCAGCAUUCCAAACUGUGGUAUCCUUGGGGUUCUCUUAACAUUGCUAUGGUGCAGAAGAUUUAAAAUCAGCUGAUGUUCACAAGGAAUAGAGUCACGUGAUGUAUGAAGGGAAACAUAUACACUUCUCUGAGGUUGACAAUAAGCCCUUGUGCUCAUAUAGCCCCAAACUGUGCAAGCAGCGGCGACUCAACGGCUACGCUUUCUGUAUCAGACACGUUCUGGAGGACAAGACUGCCCCCUUCAAGCAAUGUGAAUAUGUGGCCAAAUAUAACAGCCAACGCUGCACCAACCCAAUCCCCAAAUCAGAGGAUCGUAGGUACUGCAACAGCCACUUGCAGGUACUUGGCUUUAUCCCGAAAAAAGAGAGGAAGAAAAAGAAUGAUCCUAUAGAUGAGGUAAAGGUCAGGCACCAGAUGGAUGCCAUGGCUUUCAGCCUGACGGUGCCCACGCUGGCCUUGAAGAUGCCCAAUGGACUGGAUGGAAUGUCCCUCUCUCCGCCCGGGGCUAGGGUCCCUCUCCACUACCUGGAAACUGAGUUGGAAGACCCGUUUGCUUUCAACGAGGAAGAUGAUGACCUAAAGAAAGGGGCAACUGUGAGAAAGAAGUUGCAGAGCAAGUUGGCCCAGAAUCGGCAGCGCCAGAGAGAGACCGAGAUUUUAAAAGUUCGACAAGAGCACUUUAGUCCCCCUCCUGCACCUUCACAGCAGCAGCCCCCGCAGCAGCACCCCCACCCGUCACCCUCCCCCACUUCUUUAAAACCUCCGGCGCCGCCGCCACCGCAGGGUUUCGUCUGCAAGUCCCCUCCACCUCCGAACACCAGCCUACCACUGCAGGGAGUGGCCCCCACCACACACACUAUAGCACAAGCAAGGCAGUCGUCUCACAAGAGGCCGCUGCCCCUCCUGCCCUCCGGCAGGGCGCCCGCCGCGGACCCGCCCAGCACUGAUCGGGUCCUUAUGAAAGCCACAGCCUUCUCUCCACACUUCUCCUGCAUCAGCCGACUGCAGAGACUGGUGAGACUGUGCACCCAGAAACAUCAGCUGGACACCGAUCUGUUCCCCCAUCUAGGGUUGGACUGGUCGGAAGAGAGCGGAGAGGAACCGGAGGACUCCGAGCAGGCCUCGCCAUAUCAGGUGGCAUGGUCCAUCCGAGAAACCCUCAGAUAUGAAAGACACACGUCAGAUGACGAUGAUACGGAGAGUAGGAGCUCCAGGGUGACCCAACUUUGCACUUACUUUCAGCAGAAAUAUAAGCACCUCUGCCGCCUGGAGCGGGCAGAAUCUCGUCAAAAGAAAUGCCGGCACACGUUUAGGAAAGCCUUGCUGCAGGCGGCCAGCAGAGAACCCGAGUGUACCGGUCAGUUAAUCCAGGAACUGCAGAGAGCUGCGUGCAGCCGAACCAGCAUAAGCCGGACCAAGUUGAGGGAGGUGGAACCAGCAGCAUGCAGUGGAACCGUGAAGGGUGAACAGUGCCCUAACAAAGCCCUUCCAUUCACCAGACAUUGUUUCCAACAUAUCCUCUUGAACCGCUCUCAGCAGCUUUUCUCAAGUUGCACGGCCAAGUUUGCAGACGGACAGCAGUGCUCUGUGCCCGUGUUUGACAUUACACACCAGACCCCUCUGUGUGAAGAACAUGCCAAAAAAAUGGAUAAUUUCUUGAGAGGAGAUAGCUCCCGUAAAGUUCAGCACCAGCAGCAGAGGAAACCCAGGAAAAAAACCAAGCCUCCUGCACUUACCAAAAAACACAAGAAGAAGAGACGGCGUGGACCUCGUCGACCCCAAAAACCCAUUCCCCCUGCAGUCCCCCAAGGGAACCUCAGCAUGCCCACCAGCGUCUCACUGCCAGUGGAGACCGCUCAGAUCCGGAGCCCAUCCACGCCGGAGCUGAGUGCUGAUGAGUUGCCGGACGACAUUGCCAAUGAGAUCACUGACAUUCCACAUGACUUGGAAUUGAACCAGGAGGACUUUUCAGACGUCCUGCCACGGCUGCCUGAUGACUUACAAGAUUUUGAUUUUUUUGAAGGAAAGAACGGAGACCUUCUUCCAACUACCGAAGAGGCCGAGGAACUUGAGCGGGCCUUGCAGGCUGUCACUUCUCUUGAGUGCCUGAGUACCAUUGGGGUACUUACCCAGUCAGAUGGUGUGCCAGUCCAGGAGCUGUCAGAGAGAGGAAUAGGGGUGUUCUCCACAGGUACUGGAGCUUCAGGAAUUCAGUCCUUGAGCCGAGAAGUAAACACAGACCUAGGGGAGCUACUGAAUGGGCGCAUAGUACAUGAUAAUUUUUCUAGUCUAGAGCUGGAUGAGAACCUGCUCCGUUCUGCUACCUUGUCUAACCCACCUACACCCCUGGCAGGGCAGAUCCAAGGGCAGUUCUCUGCCCCAGCCAACGUCGGCCUUACUUCUGCCACUCUGAUCAGCCAGAGUGCACUUGGGGAGAGAGCCUUCCCAGGACAGUUUCAUGGACUACAUGAUGGCAGCCAUGCCUCCCAGAGGCCACAUCCUGCCCAGCUGCUGAGCAAGGCAGAUGACCUAAUCACCUCACGACAGCAAUACAGCAGUGAUCAUUCACACUCCUCGCCCCAUGGAAGCCAUUAUGAUAGUGAGCACGUGCCGUCUCCCUACAGUGACCAUAUCACCUCUCCCCACACAACAUCUUACUCUGGUGAUAAUAUGGCAGCUACCUUUUCAGCAGAGAUGCCCAUCAUGGCGCAGCACUUGCUCCCAACCCAACUCGAGGUGCCACUUGGAGGAGUCGUGAACCCCAGAACUCACUGGGGCAAUCUCCCUGUCAACCUUGGAGAUCCCUCUCCAUUUAGCAACCUUCUUGGCGCAGAUGGACAUCUUCUUUCCACUUCCCUAUCCACGCCACCCACCACUUCGAACUCAGAGACCACACAGCCUGCCUUCGCCACCGUGACCCCCAGCAGCUCCAGCGUGCUUCCGGGGUUACCGCAGACCAGCUUCAGUGGCAUGGGGCCUUCUGCUGAACUCCUGGCCUCCACCUCUCCCAAGCAGCAACUCCCUCAGUUCAGCGCAGCCUUCGGCCACCAGCUGAGUUCUCACAGUGGCAUUCCUAAGGACCUGCAGCCCAGCCACAGCUCUAUAGCCCCUCCUACAGGCUUCACGGUAACAGGUGCCACAGCUACAAGUACCAAUAAUGCAUCUUCUCCCUUUACCUCCCCUAACUGAGCGCGUGUCUGUGUGUUUGCAGGCAGGUGGGGAACCUGGUGUUUUCUAUCUUUGUUUCCUGUUGAUCAUCCCUUUCCCCUUUUCCUAAAGAAGAUUUUAAAAAUAACAGAUGGGGACUAGAGGGGAACUCCUUUUUCCAGUUAAACAAGUAACCCUGCAGUGGACCUCGCUUCAGUGUUCACAUGUGCUCCUUUGCACUGGUGCUCAUUCCCUCCCGGCGGGUUCACUCUUACCCCAGUGGUUUCCUUAGUGGCUCAGCACAGUGACUGGAAAGAAUUGAUUUUUAGCAGCAAGUCCUAGAAGUGGAAGAUACCUCAGAUUACCAGUGCCCUUUACUAUUUCCUAGUAUUCAGAUCAAUGCUUUCCAUUCUAUUACCAGGUCUUUACAGAGGUGGUUCUAGAUAGAAUGGUCCUGUUCAUCGAGUUCCUGUGUAAGAGACAGCAAAUGGUGUGUAGGGACAGAUCAAGGCUCUGACUUAGCACCAACUGCUAAACACCGCACGAGGCCAGGAUUCCAUUCCUAAUUGUGAUCAUGUUCAAUUAAAAAGAAAAACAUUAUUAGUCUUCUGACCGCCUGUGUGUAUGUGUGCGCCCAUGUGUGUGUUUUUGUGCAGGGCAGGAAGCAGCUGUCCCAUGGUUGUUCUUUUUCUUUCUUUCUGGUUUUUUUUCUUUCCUAACGAGUAUAAUAAGGCUCUUACUUCUCCUUUCCCACGUCUCACAACCCUAAUAAGGUUGGUCAUCCUUUCCCACCGAAUUAACGAAGUUUCCCAAGUAGAGAGGGUGGUGGUCUGGUGACGUGAAUUGUACAACCCUCUUCCGCUAAGUUAUCUAAGAACACGAGAAGCUGAAUUCAUGUCAGGGCCGUGGGGAUGUCACAAAAAGCAUGGAGUGACUGCAGGGUUGCUGAGAUUCUGAGGUCUGGUGGUUAUUUUGCCUUUUUAGACAGGUGUUUGUUUCUCCAUCCUCUCUCAUGGAAUACAUUCACAAGAUGUAAUUAAAGACCAUAUUUUGAUGUGAAAAGCAGGCUAGGUCAGAUACGUUUGGAAAGAUGGAGUCUCCGAACUCCUUGGUCCAUCUUUUACUUUUGAAUUUUUCAUGUUUACAGUAGUGAUUCUUUGGUAAGAGUUGUAAAAUGUUGAAGACACUUGUAGAAUCAAUGUGCCAGUUGUGAAGUGACGUGUAAUAUCUGAAGGAUACACAUUUUAAAGUUUCUUUCAAAGCAGAAUAUGGAAAUUAGACCUAAAUUUUACCUACCCUGUUGGUACUUUUAAAACCAUUUAAGUACUUAGAUUUAAGUUGCAGAAAUUUUUUUAAAGUACCCAGAUUUUAGGGUUGAAAAUUAUAUUGGGUAGUUUAGUAAGUUGGUGACUAUGGAAAUGAAUAUGUGAGGUUUCUUUUUACCUGCCUUCUCCCCUGCCCCCUUCCCAAGGGUGGAACUAGAUUUUAAAGUCAUCUGUACUCUUCUGCUUUUGCUGAGAAGUUUCACCAUCCCCUGAGAUACCAUUGGCUAUUUAUACCUGAGUCUAGUCUAAUUUACAUAUAUAUAUUUUAAAAGAUGAGUAGAGAGAACAUAUCUAUUAAUGAUGUGAUAUAAUAAUUCAUUGGUCAGGGAAUAUUUGAUCUGAAUUCCUUUUCAAUAGGUAAAGAUUUGGAUGUAUUUUCCUACUUCCUAUAUGUAUUCUCUUUAUGCCAUGCUAAUUCUAACCAGUUCCCUUCUUUUGAAAGCUUUUCUUUCUCUGCUUUUUAAAGGAAUGAUGGUGAUCAGCAGGCAUUAUGCAGAUGCCAUGCGCCUGAGGUUAUGGAGGGGAAAUGUCCCAUGACUGUAUGAAAUCAUUAUAUGCCCUAUUUUGUAUUUAUUGAAGUUUCUUUUUGUGGGCCAAAAAUAUGUUUGUAAUAUAUUUAGUUUUUUUUUAAUCAUGACAAUUGAUUGGAAGAUUUAUUUUUUAAUAGCUUUGCCUUUUUUGCAGAUUGAGAAAUUUCUAAAUUAUAAAUUAUGUCACAAAGCAAAAUUAUAUUUGGUAUCACCAUAAAUUUCUAUUCUGAACGGUGAGAGCAGAUAAUUUGAAUAUUUCUCACCUGUGAACCUAUGUUAGUAAGCUUUUUUAUUUUAAUGUACUGUAAUGAAAUGAUGAUGAGUAGUUACCUCUGCUCAGAAGUGUCAUUUAGUUUGCUCCAGUCGUUUCGCCUCCCAUUCUAAUCCUCGCCGGAUAACUGUCCAUUCCCAGCAAUUUGGUCUAGUCUCCAUCGUGUACUAAUCCAAGGUUGUACCAGAGCAGGACACUAUCUUAUCGGCCCCCUUCUUUGACAGCAAAGGGAAAGUCAUGGGGAGUCGGUUUGAACUUUUCUGGCUAUUUGUCCCUCGUGGUAGCUGCUUAAAAUUCUUCAGUUAUCAAAACUGAGUUUGCAGUAAGUUGCACAUUUUAUUGUUCGCAAUUUUCUGUUUUGUGUGCAUUUAAAAGCCCUUUCCUGCUUUCUAAUAAGGAGGCACGAAAUGAUCAGGAAUGUUGCCAGUUACAGCUUCACACCAAAAACUUUUGAGUAAAUUCAUUUUUGUUUAGACGCCCACAGUGAUAGCUGAAGAAAGGGCACCCGUAGAAAGUACCAGUGUAGGUUUGAGGAAUUAGCAAAAAACAAAUUUGUCCUCUCAUUUCAUCUACUGCAAAACAAAUAUCCAAGCUUGCAAUUUGCUUUGCCCUUGCGGUUUCUUGCGAGUCCCUUUUUGGAAGACAGAAGAACAUCUGUGAACCCAGAGACACCUGUUACGUUUUUCUUUUAGCUGAUAUAGAGCAAUUCUCGUCUAUCAGUAGUAGGUUUGCUGUUAAUGUGUAGAGGAAGGAAUGAAUUGUCUUUUCCUCCAGAAACAGGAAAAUUAGUGUCUUUUAAAUAGCACUUACACUAUACUAUAAUAAGGCAAUACUGGAAUCAAAAACAGAUUGUAUGUAAGGUCCUAAUUAGGUGGAAGCUAGCUUUUUAUUCUAGGGUGAAACUCAUCAGAAAUAGUGGCAGAGAAGGGUCACUCUAUUUCUGCAGUUCUUUGGGACCAUUUAUAAAGGCCAGUUAGAUUGUGUUAAUGUGAUUUAAUUUACAGAGUUGCUGCAGUUAAUGGAUACAUUCUGUGCUCUGAGAAUCUGAAGUCCAUUCUAACGAAUGAUACUCACUGGCUGUGAUCUAUAGCAUCCGACGAAAAGAUGUGUUUUCUCUCCUUUACUCUCUCUACAUAAUUGUUAAUAUUAUUUUAAUUAAAGUACUUAAGACAUUGUUUUUUUCUCUGUAAAAAUGGCUUAGUAAUUUGCACAUCUGCGUAGGUUAUGUAGCUAGUAACAAUUCACAAUAGUAAAUAGCAAUUACACUUAACCCACCAAAUGACAGACUAUGCAAUGGAAAAAUUUUGUAAUUAUCGUCACAAAGCUUAUAUGGUGAAGGAUUUUUUUUUUUUUUUUUUCCCUCUAGUAACCUACCACGUGAGAUAGAACUGCUUUAUAAGUGACUUCCUGAGCAAUUUCAUGCUGGCAGGCAGUGCGGUGUGUCUAGUGUCCCUCCAUGAAAAGAUUAUAAUUUCCUAAGAAGCAAAUAGUAGGUAUGGAGAUAAAGUUGGAAGAUGUGUUUCUUUGUUUUCUUUUCCUUAAGAUUGUAGUUACUGUCUUGAGUGGUGUCAGGCUAAAGAAAGCUAAUACUUUAUCUUUGCCAAAUAAUUAUUUAUAAGAUUUAUUUCUUCAAUAAGCCCAUUUAUUUCUUUGAUAAGCCCAAUGUCUCAACUGCGAGCUAAGCCUCCUCACUUUCUGUGACUAACACUAAAAGCUAUUCCUUAUCAGAGCUCGUUCUCAGGCCACCAUCGCAACCCAGAGGCAAAGACAGUGCUUUGAUUUGGAAGGAAACGGUGUCUGUGAUAACGCGCCCGAUCUGUAAGCUUUCUUCUUAGGUGAAAGAAUUUCUGUUUCUAUUGACCAAUAUACCAUUCAGUUUUUUGUGUUUUAAGUAGGCUCCACACCCAACAUGGGGCUCGAACUCACAACCCUGAGAACACAAGUCGCAUAUUCUACCGACUGAGCCAACCAAGCACACCCCCUUCCAUUCAGUUCGUUGUAACUUGCGCCCUUACGUUUGUCGUCCUUCCUGCCCCCUUGCGAGGGGUUCUGGGGCUGCAUCAGCAGUGUUUGAGGCGGUCGCCCUUUCUCCGAGUUAGUUCAGUAGGUUGUUGUGGACUGGUAUUGCAAAAAGAUGAAGAUAUUGAUAACACUAAACUAAUUAAUCAGUUUCGACUGCAUUUGAGAAAUUUUUUUUUUGGUUGCUAGUUUUCAGGUUCUUCAACCUCUUUCUUUUUAGCCUUUUAACAUUCUACUAAGUUGUGUUUUUAAUCUGUUUUAUGUGGAAUAAUCUGAUCCAGUGGUCUUCUAAAUGGUCAACAGAACUCUGCAGUUGAAUGAGGCAGUUUAAAGGAUUCCUUAAAAGAAAAUGUAGUCAUACUGAACAGUCUUCAUCUGUAUCUUUUAAACCAUCACUAACACCUACAUCACUCCAAGGAUUUUUUUUCCCGAUGAGAAAUACAUUUCUUGGUGAGGUGGGAGGUAGAAGUAUACAUGUGAUAGAACAUCGAUUUUUUUUUCCCCCCUCUCGCAAUACAGUGAAAAUACGGAAUCUUCACUGGCAUUCUAUAGAAAGGUAAAACAGUUUAAUGACUUCUUAAUAUCUUGAGCCUUAUAAGCGUUCCAAUAUCAUACCCUGGAGGGAACAAGAAUCCAUGUUUAGUAGAUUCAAGUAACAUUUUAAAUGCUAUCUUUCAAAAAAUUUGACAUAAAAUACCAGUGAAGAACAUAUUUGGGUAUCUGUUAAGCAUUUCCCCCUGACUAGUGAGUUAGGAAAGAAAACCCAAAACACAAGUGAAUAAUUCUGUCUCCUAGUAGCCGGUGUCAUUAAUGCAAAAAUUGCGGGGCCGACUUAGCCUCAUUUCUCAAUAGCAAAAAUUCUCGUUCCCUUCACCUCUGAUUUCUGUCAGCUUUCCCCUCUCUGCACUGUGAUCAACAGAGCCAAUAAAGGACACGUGGCAUUUCGGAGAGAGAGCAAAUUUGGUGUGACUUUCUUGACCAUAAACUAGGUUCCCAAGUCUUGGGAAUGUCUGACUACUUUGAGUGGCAGAGUUUUUUGGUGAUCUAAAGUUGAGUCUGAAAAAGAAUGUUGCAAGAGAAAAGCUUUCUAACUCUUGGUAAGCUCUGUAGGGCAGCCCAGCUUUCCUCCCCUCUUCCCUCCUGCCUGCCUGCCUCCGCCUGCCCCCAGUUCUCAAGUAUGCACAUGUACAGCCUGAUCUGUCCUGAUCGUGGCCUGAGAGUACUAGGAGUUGCCUCUUGCACUUGUUUGUUGUUACUUGUGUGUUUAAGCUGGGGACCACUGAAGUAAGCUCUAGGUGCACCCAAAGUUCCCCUUGGAAAAAAUGGCAGUAUGCAGUGCGGAAGGUUCCAGUGCAGCUAGACGCCACACCAUUGCUUUUGCUCGGGGACUAGACUGAUUUGCCCUGAAGGGACUCCCCCCUGCCUGGUUCGGGCCCAGUGGGCUCCAGCAGAUUAGCGUGGAAGUGACAGGAAAUCUGGUGCUUGGAACAUUGUCUUCAUCUGCUCAGAAGGGUUGGAAUCAGUUCCUCGGCACAGUGAUCGUUCUUUUCGCUGUACAGUGUUGAGUAUGUCUCAGGGAUUCCUUGUGGAAAUUAGGGCAGUUUUUAAAAUAAGAAAAUAGUUUUAAAAGAAACUAAAGGUGACUCACCAUUGAAGAGAGCGCAAGAAAGAGAAAACAUUUGGUUUCAUAGCCCGCCGUGUCUUGCGUAGGACUCUUCCUUUUCUCCUUCAGGCUCUCCUCCGCUUCAGCAAACAGUCCUUUCCCACCACGCACAGCUUUAAAAGUUUUAUUUAAAAAUUUCCUUCCCCGAUGAGCUUUCAGAAUACUUAUUGUAGAUUUUAAGAGAAAAGGUAUAUUAAUUUAUACUAUUAACAUCACCUCAUAAAUUAUAAGUUUUAUACUAAAGCUGUAUUGAGUGUAAUGAAUUAUGUUGCCUAUGUGUUUUAAUAGCUUAAAAAAUUAUAUAUGAGCUUUUUUUUUUUUUUUUUUUUUUUUUUUUUUGACAAAACAAACUAGUGAAGCACCUUUUUACACUGGAUCUCUGCCGUGUCAAGGUGUAUAGCUAUCCUUUGCUACCUUGCAGAUAUAUAAAAUAAAAGGAUAUCCUGGGGCCUCAAAACGUAGAACACCUUUAGACCAUUUAUUACUGCUCAUAGAACUGUUGGGCGUCGUGUUUCUUUAGUAACUGAUCUGUGGUUUACACUUCAGAUGGCUAGAAGCUUAGUUACAGGGUAAAUAGAAAUACAUAGAUCAAGCAAAGCUCCCAACUACUGUAGCUGGAAUUUGUAAACUUAAGUUUUUAAGACCUCCUUUAUUUCCUAUGGAUUUAUUCUUUAAUUUACAGUUUAUUCUGUAAGUUGGGAAGUAAAAUAGAGAAAAUAAUAAGUCUAGAUGUUCUCAGUGUCUUAUUCAGGAACUUUUUAUCCCUCCUCACUAAGGAAUUCCCACUGUGACUUAAAAAUAGAAUUAAAUUACUCGUGUGCAUGUCUCUGUCUGUGUUUUUACACACAUGCAAAAAUAUACAUUGGGGGGGCACGUGUGUGGGAGAGGUGAAUGUGUGCUUAGGUGAAAAUAGAGGAAGGUAACAGAAUGUAUUGUAGAAAUAUGACUAUUUAGAGGGGGCUAUCAGAGUUAUUUUCUCAUUGUCUCCGUAGUAUAAAUACACCAAAUUCUUCAUUAUGCUAUCUUAUGUUAAAAGGCUAUCUCUGAUAUCAUGUGCAUUUUCUUUUAACUUUUGAUUAACUUAUAUAUUACGCUAUGUUUUUAAAAUGACGUGAGAAACAGCAGGUUCUAAGACCAGCCUCUCACCUUUGAGCAUAAAAAUUAGAGAGAGAGAGAGAGAGAGAGAGAGAGAGAUGCAAACCCAGACGUGAGCUGUGUUUAUCUACUGGGGUGAUGGGACCAGAUCCGUUGAACCUUUCUUUAUGUUAAUAAUAGAUCUCUUCAUAUUCUGAGUUAGAAAAUCUUGAACAUCUUUUCUUGGUAAAGUUAAGGAAAGUAUAGGCUCUUUUUAAAGAAUGCCAUUUUUUGAAGGGACUGCUUUGUUGAAAGAGUUGGUGGGAUCAUUUCACCAUGCAUAUUUCAAAGCUGGGAUGAUUUUAGUUAUCUCCAAAAAUCAAUUUUUUUUUUUUUUUUUUUUUUUUUUUUACUCAUUUGUGCUCUUCCUUAUGAAGUGAGUGUGCCCCCGGCCCCCGUAUUUUGGUUACGGGAAAAAUUAUGCUACCCUUGACUUUUACCUGAUUCAUAGGGAAUUUAAAAAAGAUACAUUCCUAUAGUUUGAGUUUUGUCAUUUUGCUAUACAUUAAUUACUGGCGUAUCUGAUGGUCUCAGAUAGCCCGAACUAGAGUUGUUAUUAAGUGUUCCAAUCACAUUUAUAUUUCAGAUUAAAAAAAAAAAUCAUGUACUUUGAAAUAUGUCAAAACAACUCCUGAUGCUACACCUGAAUUUGUAGUUCUCUUUGAAGCCUCAUUCAUCUUAGGUAUAGUCAAGACCUAGGAGAGCUUUACAUGUCGUUCCUUUUAUAGUUGUAUUUCUGCAUCUCCCAGUUUCAUUCACUCUUGCUUUAUGGAUUAAAAAAAAAAAAAUCUGCAUAUUUCUUGUACAUAUGCAUGCAAAUGAAAGAAGGGGGUUGGUUUUGGUGCCACUCCUCCCUUCAGUUACUGGUUAAUGGGAUUUGCUAGAAUAAAUUCCCCCUGAUUGAAGGGUGAAAAUAGACCCUUUUGUGUAUAUCUGUACAGAGAUGUGUAUAUGGGAUGUGGUGGCACUUUGCUGAAUGUGAACUUGCCUUGUUAAUGGAAAGAUUGAAAAGUAUUAUGUUUAUUUAUACAUUUGUAUAAAUCUAUAUAUACACGUAUGUAUAUGUGUGUGUAUAGAUAAAGCUAUAUACAUAUAUUUCCCUAAAUGUGUGUGUGUAAUAGAUAAACAGCCUUUGUGAAGCAAGAUUAUCCGUCCCUGGAAAACUCUGGGUUAUUCUGUAAGCAAGAGGAGGUGACAGUCUAGAGUACAUUAUCAGUGCAUCCUAAGACGGAAGUCCUUUGGAUGAUAGUCUUGUUCAUGGUUAUUAUAAGUGAAUUCCUGCUAGAACUAUUCGUACUUUCCAGUUCCACUAUUCUUCACCUUCAUGCCUUCUCCUAUCCAAGUACUAACCAGGCCCGACCCUGCUUAGCUUCCGAGAUCGGGCGCAUUCAGGGUGGUAUGGCCGUAGACUUUCACUGCCUUCUAAAUCAGUCUCUCAUCACACUUCAUUCGGUACUCCCUGCCCCCCCCCCCCCCCCUUUAUUAUGGCCUUUCUAGCCAGAAGCAUUUGGCUUAAGCAUAUUUCAUUAACUCCUCAGUUGUUUCUUUUAAAGAUCUUACGCUCUUAAAUUUUCCAGAAGAUGUAAGUUUUGGUAAUAGUUUCUAGAGUAGUUUUGAGGAUUGGGCAUUCGUCUUUGUCUCAAAAACGAGCAAACCAACAGUCAAACAAAACGCAUUUGAAAGUUUUACCUAGAUAAUUUUGGGACAUUUUACUCACAUUGGCAAAGAACAUAAUUACGAUUUUAUUAAUUGAUAACAGUGUUAGGUUUAUUUUCUCAUUUACCGUCAUCAAUUUGUCACUUAAAAAUUUGGUUUACUUUGUGUUUUAGCCACAAAUUUGCCAUUUUCAUUUUUCAUGGAAAGCGUACAAAGUCACGCAUAUGCCUCUUGAAUUCUCUAACUCCUUUUACUCAUGAUGAAACUGCUUUAAUGAAUUCUUACGUAAUGAGUUUUGCUGUAUUUCCUCUUGACUUUUUUUCACGUUGGUGACAUUCUGUUUUAACUUUGCUGCAGCUCUCUACAACACUUGCAUCCCUAUAUAUUGUGCCUUUAAAGCUCUUAUGCACACACAGACAAAAGUGUAUAUAUACAUGUUGGAGCAUGUGUACAUAUACUUUCGUAUAUACUCACACAGUAUGUCUCAUAUAUUGUGGGAGUGGAUAUAUAGAUAUUCAAAGGCAAUGAAAUGUUGCUUUCCAGAUAUAUAUGUAUAUAAAUAGUGUUGAUAUACUGUAUAUACACAUGUAUAUGUAUGAGUUUUAAAUGGCAAUCUUUUACAUUUAGCAAAAUGCUGCCCCUACUGGAAUAUUGUCACUGCAGUGGCAGUUGUAUGUAAUGAUUUAAAAUACAUUAUCGAAAAUUAUUUAAAAGAACAUUUAAAAGUCUCAUCUAAAGACAUCCACACAUUAUUUAUUUAUCUUCCUUUUCCUUUUUAUUGUUACUUUUUUUUUUUUUUUAACUGAAAGGGAGACUGUCAUUUUUUAAAAUGCCAUCUGUCCCAUAGGAGAAAGAGAGAGAGCGCUGGAGAUUCACUUGAGGAACCUUGUGCAUUUUUCCUCUCUCUCAAAUGGAGAUGUACCACAAACCAGCCUGUUUAUUUCAGUUAUAAAGCAAUCCUAACAUUUCCAUUAGUGUAUGUCAUCCACCAUCUUCUGGACCAACUUAAUUCGCCAGUCUGCCUCUUCCUUUCAUUAGUAAGUAAUGAUCACUGAGAUCAUUUUGCCUGGGGGGGAACUUAACUACUCUCUAGCUGCAGGGAAUUAUAUCACCUAAUUGUUAUUCUGCCUUGUUCAAAAUUCAACUUUGAGGGAAGGCAGCGCUCCUGAAGCUGUCUUGAGCAUGUUUUGCAUUUAUUUACUUAAAAGGUCUUCCCAGACAUUUUUUUUUUUCUCUUUAAAAGAGCUCCAAGUCUGCAUGCACUUGCCAUAGAUUUCUUAUUCCCCACAACUUCAGGUGUUUUCAUUAGUAUAUCAAUUUGACACGCCGAAUGACAGACUAUUAAGGAAAAAAACGUUGACUAUUUUAUUUUGUGAUGAGUUGGCAGCAGAUUACAUUUCAAGACCUCACAGAGAGAGGAACAUAAACAUAGAUGGACAAUCCUCCAUUGUAAGACGUUACAAAAAACGCAAAAACAAAAAACAGUGGAUUGAGAGUUCCCCUGAACACUAAAACAGAGAGGUUGGGGUUUGAGGGAUUUCAUGGAAUAGUUUAGCUGGAACUUGAUAUCAGAAGCAGCCUUUAACAGAAAGCCUCUUGGCAAUUGUAUGGUACUAACUGCAGUCCUGAGGUGUGAAUUGAAACCAAGUUGCAGUGGGAAAUCAGAGGUGAGGUGGUAACAUCUUUGAAUCCAGUAAGUGACAGGUUGCACAGUUGUAAAAUCUCUUCUUACCAAGUAACUGCACGGUAGCAAGGACUAGCGGUUCUCAAAGCCCUUCUUUUUCAGUGUUCUCAUUCACCUUGGCACACAAGUAUGUUUAACAGGCCAUACAUUAAAACUAUUUACAAAAAAAAAAAAACAAAAAAAAAAAACCUGCUUAAAGGGAACUUACAAACUGAGAAUCUUCUCUCUAUUUGCAUGAAUAGUGGCUAGAAGCUUAGUUAUAUGCACAAAAGCUAAGGGGCCACUUGUUUCUGCACAGACUAUAGGAGCAAGAUGAGGAGGUUGGCAGGUUUGGGUAAGAGCCCCACCCCCCCACCCCCAUCCCCCUGCUGCCCAGUUCUAACGGAAAAGCGUAUCUAUGGCAUUGAGUAUGGUAUUGCUGGGGGGGUGGGGGUGGGAACCACAUUUUGGGAGGCGAUGGGCUUUUGGUUUGUAAUUUCCCUUUAAACAUGAAGAGAUGGCUCACAUUUUCCAUAUAUAUCUCAAUGAAUGUACUGUAUUACUGUUUUAAAAAUUUGAUGAAAUAAUAAUGGAUUGGUCUCCUUUUGUUAUCUGGUCCUUGUUUAAUUUGUUUAAGGGUUUUUGUAUACAAAAGUUUACAUUUUUAUGUAUAUUUUUCUUGUGUAAAAACUGAUGUAAUAUGUGUAUAAAACACUGUAUGUAUUAUCUGUAUAUAGUGUGACAAAAUGAUUUUUCUUUCUUUCUUUUGGAUGUAUUAAUAAAUCUUGCUGUGAAGUA